CGCAUGCGUGAGCAUAGAGGAAGUCGGUAAUGGUGACGGAUGAUGUGGAUGUGAAGCAAUCGAGAGCAUCCGCGCGUUUUCAGGAAUAUAACAAACUCCUUACGACGGACACACAGCUAUGACGCGGGAUUUAUAUGAUUUGUAAUAGAAGUGUCUGAGUGUGACAGAAUUGAUCCGUGUUUUACGAUGAUGGCAGAGUACGAUCCCACCGAAGGCGAGCCGGGGAAAGGCGGUGGAGAUUUAACACCGGAGACGAACUUUCUCCCGUCGGAUGUGCCCGCGGUGUUAUUUGAAAAGACCCGGCCCUUGCCGUCACUAGGACUGUCGCUUAACCCCGGUGCAGCUGUCCGCAUCUCGGACUCGGCGGAAAGCGUGCUGACAGAGCUGGAGGCGGACGGUUCGGGAGAAGAGGCGCUUCUGUUACCGGGACCGGCAGGAAAUCUCUCACCCCGGGCAGGCAGAGAGAAGAGGACGCGGAGGAACAGACGCAGCUCAUCUUCUGAUAACCUCGCGUCUCCAGGUUAUAGCAGUGGAGAAUUCAAUCAUUUCCCAGAGGACCCCGAGUUUGGAGAGAUUAUUCAAAGGGCGGAGCAGGCCAUAGAAAAUGGCGUCUUUCCCGAACGUAUCUCGCAAGGAUCCAGCGGAAGUUACUUUGUCAAGGAUCCUAAAGGGAAAAUCAUCGGUGUAUUUAAACCAAAAUCAGAGGAGCCUUAUGGUCACUUAAACCCUAAAUGGACCAAAUACUUCCAUAAAGUCUGCUGCCCGUGCUGUUUCGGCCGCGGUUGCCUCAUCCCCAACCAGGGCUACCUCUCUGAGGCAGCUGCCUCGCUUGUGGACCAAAAACUAGGUUUGGGAAUUGUACCCAAAACGAAGGUUGUAUCUUUGGCCAGCGAGACAUUUCACUAUAGUGCCAUUGACCGUGCCAAAUCCCGUGGUAAGAAAUACGCACUGGAGAAGGUCCCCCAAGUCGGUCGACGCUUUCACAGAGUUGGUCUUCCUCCAAAGGUGGGCUCAUUUCAGUUGUUUGUAGAGGGCUACCACGAAGCAGACUAUUGGCUGAGGAAGUUUGAGGCGGAGCCUCUGCCGGAAAACAUGAGGAAACAGCUUCAGUCUCAGUUUGAGAGGCUGGUGGUGUUGGAUUAUGUCAUCAGAAACACUGACAGAGGAAAUGAUAACUGGUUGAUCAAGUACGAGAAGCCGGGGGAUGGAGAAUUGGCAGAGAAGGAAUCUGACUGGACGGACUCAAAAGAUUCAGCCAUUAAAAUAGCAGCUAUAGAUAAUGGUUUGGCCUUCCCUUUUAAACACCCUGACGAGUGGAGAGCAUAUCCGUUCCUCUGGGCUUGGUUGCCACAGGCCAAAGUGUCAUUCUCUGAAGAGACCAGAGACCUUGUGCUCUCACGCAUCUCCGACAUGAACUUUGUACAGGACCUCUGUGAGGACCUUUAUGAGAUGUUCAAGCCAGAUAAAGGAUUCGACAAAACCAUGUUUGAGAAACAGAUGUCUGUUAUGAGAGGACAGAUCCUGAAUCUGACCCAAGCUUUGAAGGACGGAAAGAGUCCUAUCCAGUUAGUGCAAAUGCCCCGUGUGGUGGUGGAGAGGAGUCGUGGAGGAGGUCAGGGUCGUGUGGUUCAGCUUGGCAAUGCUUUCACCCAGACUUUUCACUGCAAGAGACCUUUUUUCACCUCCUGGUAAAGGACUUCAUAUGUCACCACAAGAGGGGAAACCGGGAGUUUCUAUAGACACACUGGGUGGAGGACUUUCUGAUAUAAAGACUUUUAAGGACCGUCGUGAAGAAUCUGAGGCCUUUUUCCCCAAAAACUUUCUUCAGCUCACUGCAUUGCACCAGGUCUGAAGAAAAUAGUCUGUUGAAACGUUUUGUGGAGCGAUGGCCUUUCUCAACUGCCAAUUAUUUUAUAAGUAUAAAUAGAGAUAUUAUAAAUAAAGGACGAUGCAUUUACGUGAUUUAAACUUGAAUAAUUGCUCGAAUGUAACUUGCAAGUUUACAUUUUACACUUCUGAGACAUUUCAGCACCAAGGAAUAUUGGUGACCUUGUUAUUUAAUAUGAUGAAUGUAUUUGCCGAUGAAUGUUCUAACGGUAUAUAAUAUACAUUGUUGAAUUUGGGUGCUUUUGUAGCCCCUGUUAAAGUAUCAAUUCCAUGUUUUUCUCUUACAAUCCUGUGUAUGCAUUUUGGACUUUAUUGCACCCAAGUGGAUGUAAAAGCAGAGCUGUAUAUUUAAAAUAAAGUGAAUAAAAAUAAAGCUUUAAACUUGGUAAAAAUU